AUGCAGAACGAGCUUUACCCAGAACUUUUACUAUAUUCGGCACAAAACAAAAGUGCUAUUCAUUAUGAUGGCGAUAUGUUGGUGGUUAGCAUCAUCAAAUUUUUAGUAUCUCAAGGAAGAAAUUCUCUCUAUUUAAGCAAGUAUGAAGGUUAUUUGUGGAAGCAUUCACUGAACAAUAGCAAGAAAAAAGCAACGGCGCAUGAUGCAUCUCCAUUUCUAACCAGCAAGAUGAAUCCUCACUUAAAUGAUAGCAUAGUCCAGAAUAUAGGAGGAAACAAUCAUCUCCCUGCUGAAUCACCUGCUCCAAACAACCUCCACAACAAAGCACAUUACAUAGUUCCAGGCUAUAUUCUAUUUGCCACUGAUAAGCUUCGAGAAGCUAUUCCGUUUAAUAACUCGACUAUUCUCGUUACGCUCGUCAAUGAAGGACAAGUUUUGCAGGGUCUCAUCUUAAACAAACCCGUAAUGUGGGAUGUUUUUGAGAAUAUGGACCAUGAUUGGGAGCCUAUAAAGCAAGCACCCAUUUCUUAUGGAGGACCUGUUAGAGCACAAGGCCUUCCUCUGGUCAGUUUGGCCAGGAAACCUAGAGAGGGGUAUACGAAAGUUAUCCAUGGUGUUUAUUUUGGUAAUCCAGUGAUUACAAGCAUUGCAAUUGAAGCAAUCAAGUCUGGAGAUCGAUCCUGUAAUGAUUAUUGGUUCUUUUUGGGUUACGCUAGCUGGAAAUGGGACCAGUUCUUUGAUGAGUUAGCUGAAGGAGCUUGGCAUUUGAGUGAUGAUCCAACUGGAAGCCUGAACUGGCCAAAUAGCUGAACGCACACAAGUGUUGCUGAAGAACUGGUUAGAGUAAUUUGGUACUGGAGUUUUAGACCUGGUUCUCUCAAUGACUUUACAGAUCGAGAUAUGCUGGCUUUAUGUGGAGCAAAGCAUGGAAAGACUGUUUAUCAUUAAAAAAAAGAAGAAGAAAAGAACCGAUUUUGAAUUUAGAAUCUUCAAUCAUGUUAAAGUCAAUGCACACAUGUUCAUCGGUUCUGGGAGGACAUGGAGUUUCUUGGUUUUGAGGCUAUUUGCUUUGUCGGAUGGAUGUAGAAGUUAUAUUUUAUUUUGGAAGUCUUGAUAGAAAUGAAUAGAGAAUGAAUGAUUGGUGAAGCUAUUUCUAAAUAAUUGGGCGACGAAUAAUGAUGAGCAUGAUGAUUUUAUUGCAUGUUAAGUUCUAUUUUUUUU